AAGCACUCGGCACUGUCCACUUCCACGCGAUGAUAUAUUCCAAAUCGCCAUAGAAGACAGAAGUCCGGGCUUUUCUCCGUUAAGACAACGAAAUACCCCUUUCUCUCCUCCAAGCUUUGCUUCAGAGAAGCAUGACCACCGUCGCUGCUCCUUCUCGCAAGGCUCUGAGCAAAAUCGCCUGCAACCGGCUGCAGAAGGAGCUCGUCGAAUGGCAGGUUAACCCCCCGGUCGGCUUCAAACACAAUCUUACGGAUAAUCUACAGAGGUGGGUCAUCGAGGUCGCAGGUGCCGCCGGUACGCUUUAUGCGAACGAGACCUACCAGCUUCAAGUUGAUUUCCCGGAGCAUUACCCCAUGGAAGCGCCGCAGGUUAUCUUUCUUCACCCUGCGCCCUUGCAUCCACAUAUUUAUAGCAAUGGGCAUAUUUGUUUAGAUAUCUUAUAUGAUUCAUGGUCUCCUGCAAUGACUGUAAGUUCCGUCUGCAUCAGCAUUUUAUCCAUGCUAUCAAGCUCCAGCAUAAAGCAACGCCCUGCUGAUAAUGACCGCUAUGUGAAGAACUGUAAGAAUGGCAGAUCUCCAAAGGAGACGAGGUGGUGGUUCCAUGAUGAUAAGGUAUAAUACUUCAUUGUGUUGGUACAAAGGAAUAAUUUUGAGGUCAUUCUCAUGGAGGGUUUGUGUGAUAAUUUGAGAUUGCUUACGUUAUUUGUAAAGGGAAUUAUAAUAAUAAUAGUAAAAAGUAAAAACUAUAUUUAU